AUGGAGUCUACAAAACGCAAUUUGUCAGAGCUUUCGAGAGGCUGGUCUGUGGAGGACUGGGUCAAAUUCCACGCGCAAUCGACGCCGCAAGCAUCGUUUGAGCUCCUGCAGUCUCUGUUGCAAUCUCAAAAGACAGCACCAGAGGAUCCGGCAUGGAUCUCUGUAGUUACAGAGUCCAAUUUGAGACAGCAGUGGCAAAUUCUACAGAGCAAAACCCAUAAGGAAACCUUACCGCUGUACGGUGUUCCAGUUGCCGUGAAGGACAACAUUGAUGCACAUGGUGCACCAACUACGGGUGCCUGCCCCUCAUUUAAAUACGAUCCUAAAUGUGAUUCUACAGUAGUCAGUCUUCUGAGAGAGGCCGGUGCUAUUGUCAUUGGUAAGACCAAUUUAGAUCAAUUUGCUACCGGUCUUGUGGGCACAAGAUCUCCAUACGGUAAGACACCAUGUGUAUUCAGCUCCAAACAUGUCUCCGGUGGCUCCUCGGCAGGUUCUGCCUCUGUGGUUGGGAGAGGAAUAGUACCAAUCGCAUUGGGUACAGAUACUGCAGGCUCAGGAAGAGUACCAGCGGCUUUGAACAAUUUAAUAGGGUUGAAACCAACAAAGGGUGUAUUCUCGUGUUCUGGUGUCAUUCCAGCAUGUAAAUCUCUGGAUUGUGUAUCCAUUUUUGCGUUAAACUUAUCAGAUGCCGAGCGUUGUUUCAAGGUCAUGUGUAAAGAAGAUUCAGAAAACGAUGAGUACUCAAGGGCGUACCCUUCUAAUCCACUACAAAGCUAUCCAGAAAACGUCACAAUUGCUGUGCCAAAGGUUCUACCUUGGUAUGGUGAACUAGAAAAUUCCAAAUUAUAUGACCAUGCCGUCAACCAAUUGAAAAAUAUGGGCGCAAACAUCGUAACAGUAGACUUUGAACCACUGCUAGAUUUAGCAAAGUGCCUUUACGAAGGUGCUUGGGUCGCUGAAAGAUAUGAAGCUGUGAAGGAUUUCCUAAAUACGAAUCCUCCAAAAGAAUCUCUAGAUCCAACGGUUAUUUCUAUAAUUAAUACUGCAAAAAAUUAUGAUGCUGCUGAUGCUUUCAAAUAUGAAUAUAAAAGACAGGGUAUACUUCAAAAGGUCAAGAAAGUUCUGAAGGAUAUUGAUGUUCUGUGUGUUCCAACGUGUCCAUUAAAUCCAACUUUUGAUGAAGUUGCUAAAGAGCCUGUAUUGGUAAAUUCAAGGCAGGGAACGUGGACAAAUUUUGUUAAUUUGGCUGAUAUGGCUGCUUUAGCUAUACCAGUUGGUUUCAGAGCGGAUGGUUUACCAAAUGGUAUUACCUUAAUUGGUAAGAAGUUCACCGAUUUUGCACUACUUGAUCUAGCAAAGAGAUUCUUCAAAGUAAACUUCCCAAAUGGAUCAAGAAAUUUUGGUCUCUUUCUUGAAGAACAGGUAGGCACUAAAGAUGACAACUUACAAGGUCCAAACAUUGACCCCAAGAAAUCAGUAAAAUUAGCUGUUGUGGGCGCCCAUUUGAAAGGCUUGCCUCUACACUGGCAAUUGGAAAAAGUCAAUGCCACUUACAUAUCGUCACCAAAAUCAUCGAAAAACUAUAAAUUAUAUGCUUUGCCAAGGGUUGGACCAAUUCUCAAACCAGGCUUGAGAAGAGUGACUUCAGAUGAAGGUUCUCAAAUUCAACUAGAAGUCUACAGCGUCCCAACUGAAAGGUUUGGUGAUUUCAUUUCCAUGGUACCUGAGCCAUUAGGCAUUGGUUCUGUGGAACUAGAAUCUGGCGAGUGGGUAAAAUCGUUCAUAUGUGAGGAGUGCGGUUAUAAUGCUAAAGGAUCGGUUGACAUUACCUCAUAUGGUGGGUUCAAACCUUAUAUUGAUUUUCUGAAAGAGAAGGAAGCCAAAUUCAAAAAACCAUUCAAAAGUGUACUGGUUGCUAACAGAGGUGAAAUCGCAGUUAGAAUAAUCAAAACUUUGAAAAAAUUAAACAUUACUGCCAUUUCUGUUUAUUCGGAUCCUGAUAAAUAUGCUCAACAUGUUAUUGAUUCGGAUAUUUCUGUACCUCUACAUGGUAUAACGGCUGCUCAAACUUAUCUCGAUAUCGAUAAAAUUGUUAAAGCAGCAAAGGAUACAGGUGCUGAAGCAAUUAUUCCAGGUUAUGGUUUUCUUUCUGAAAAUGCUGAUUUUUCCGACAGAUUGCAAGCAGAGGGAAUCGUUUUCGUAGGUCCUUCGGGGGAUGCCAUUAGAAAACUUGGUUUGAAGCAUUCCGCAAGAGAAAUUGCUGAAAAAGCUGGGGUUCCACUAGUACCAGGAUCUCCUUUAGUUCACUCUGCGGCAGAGGCAAAAAAGAUUGCUGCUCAAUUGGAAUAUCCUGUCAUGGUAAAGUCUACCGCAGGUGGUGGUGGUAUUGGUUUACAAAAAGUUGACUCUGAAGCUGAUAUAGAAAGAGUUUUUGAAACCGUUCAACACCAAGGAAAGGCAUAUUUCGGUGAUUCUGGUGUUUUCUUAGAAAGAUUUGUCGAAAACGCCAGACACGUCGAAAUUCAAAUGAUGGGUGACGGUUACGGUAAAGCAAUUGCAAUUGGUGAGCGUGACUGUUCUUUACAGCGUCGUAACCAGAAAGUUAUUGAAGAAACACCAGCUCCUAAUCUACCUGAUGCCACAAGAGCAAGAAUGAGAGAGGCAUCAGAAAAUCUAGGUUCAUUACUGAAGUAUAAAUGUGCUGGUACAGUUGAAUUCAUUUAUGAUGAAAGAAGAGAUGAGUUCUAUUUCUUGGAGGUUAAUGCAAGAUUACAAGUUGAGCACCCAAUCACUGAAAUGGUGACUGGCCUAGACCUCGUUGAAUGGAUGUUAAGAAUCGCAGCCGACGAUCCUCCAGAUUUUGAUUCAGCCAAUAUUAAGGUCGUUGGUGCUUCUAUCGAAGCUCGUUUAUACGCAGAGAAUCCAGUAAAGGAUUUCAGACCAUCUCCAGGUCAGUUGAAUACUGUUAAGUUUCCAGAAUGGGCUAGAGUUGAUACUUGGGUAACUAAAGGUACCACUGUUAGCGCUGAAUACGAUCCUACCUUGGCUAAAAUAAUUGUGCACGGGAAGGACCGUAACGAGGCGAUCAUAAAACUGAAUAAGGCCUUAAAUGAGACAGCUAUUUAUGGUUGUACUACCAAUUUGGAUUAUUUGAGAUCAAUCGCUUCCUCUCAAAUGUUUCAAGAGGCAAAGGUUGCUACUAAAGUACUAGACUCUUAUGACUAUAAACCGUGUGCCUUUGAGGUCACUUUCCCAGGUGCUCAUACUAGCGUUCAAGACUAUCCUGGUAGAACUGGAUAUUGGCGUAUUGGUGUCCCUCCUUCCGGUCCUAUGGAUGCUUAUUCUUUCAGGUUAGCUAACAGAAUUGUAGGCAACAACUACAAGGCCCCAGCCCUUGAAAUUACUUUAACCGGUCCAAAGAUUAAAUUUCAUACUGAAACGGUUAUUGCCAUUACUGGAGGUGAUGCACCUUGUAGCGUAAACGGCUCACCAAUUGAACAAUUCAAGCCCGUUUCGAUCACGAGAGGUGAUGAACUGGUUAUAGGAAAAUUGAGCAAGGGUUGUAGAGCUUAUUUGGCCAUCAGGAAUGGUAUCGAUGUUCCUGAAUACCUGGGUUCCAGAUCUACUUUCAGUCUGGGAGAACUAGGUGGUUAUAACGGCAGGGUCUUGAAGUUAGGAGAUGUGUUAUUCUUGAACCAGCCAUCUCUCGCUGCAUCUUCUUUACCCGCUCCGGAAUUCACUCCACAAGCUGCAUCAAAGGAUGUAAUACCUGUUAUUUCUACUAAAGAAUGGACUAUCGGUGUCACUUGUGGUCCUCACGGUUCUCCGGACUUCUUCAAGCCCGAAUCAGUCGAAAAAUUCUUCUCUGAAAGCUGGAAAGUUCAUUACAAUUCCAAUAGAUUCGGGGUCAGAUUAAUUGGCCCAAAACCAGAAUGGGCCAGAGUUGAUGGUGGAGAAGGUGGCUUGCACCCGUCUAACGCUCACGAUUAUGUGUAUUCACUAGGUGCAAUUAACUUCACUGGUGAUGAGCCUGUUAUUGUCACUUGCGAUGGUCCAUCUUUGGGUGGUUUUGUCUGUCAAGCCGUUGUGCCUGAGGGAGAACUAUGGAAGGUUGGUCAAGUUAAACCUGGUGAUCAAAUUAAAUUUGUGCCAAUCUCGUAUGAAACUGCCAGAGAAAUCAAGGAAUCUCAAGAUAACGCUGUAAACACUUUAAGCUCCUCUAAAGAAUUUUUGGGUUCUCCUAAGGAAUUGGCAACAUUUGAGAACCCUGUUUUAGCACAGCUUCCACAAAAAUCCGACUUGUCACCAAAAGUGACCUACAGACAAGCUGGUGAUCGUUACAUUUUGGUCGAAUAUGGUGAAAAUGUAAUGGAUUUCAAUAUCUCUUACAGAAUUAACUGCUUGAUUAAUCUUGUUAAAAAGCAUGAAACGAUCGGUAUUGUGGAAAUGUCUCAAGGUGUUAGAUCUGUAUUGAUUGAGUUUGAUGGCUACAAAGUCUCACAAAAGGAUCUCUUGGAUACAUUGAUCGCCUAUGAGAACGAAAUUAAGUUUGACAAAAAUUGGUCUAUUAAAUCUAAAAUUAUUAAACUGCCAAUGGCAUUCGAGGACUCUAAAACCCUUGCCUGCGCUACACGUUACCAAGAAACCAUUCGCUCCAAUGCUCCAUGGUUACCAAAUAAUGUUGAUUUCAUCGCUGACGUCAAUGGAAUUACUCGUGAGGAUGUCAGAGAUAUGAUGUACUCCGCAAAGUUCAUGGUUCUCGGUUUAGGUGAUGUUUUCUUGGGCUCUCCUUGUGCAGUUCCAUUAGACCCCCGUCAAAGAUUUUUGGGUACUAAGUACAAUCCAUCAAGAACUUACACUGAAAGAGGUGUGGUCGGACUUGGAGGAAUGUACAUGUGUAUCUAUGCUGCCUCUAGUCCAGGUGGCUACCAAUUAGUUGGUAGGACAAUUCCUAUCUGGGAUAAACUUACUUUAGCAGCGUCUUCCGAACAUCCUUGGUUAUUAACUCCAUUUGACCAGGUUGAGUUCUAUCCUGUGUCUGAAGAAGAACUUGAAAAAUUCACCGAGGAUUGCGAAAAUGGUAAAUUCGAAGUUCAAACCGAGGAUAGCAUUUUUGAUCACAGAGAAUAUUUAUUAUGGAUCCAAGAAAAUAUCGAUUCGAUCGAAAAGUUUCAAAGGAAUCAAGUUGGUGAAAAAUCCGCUGAAUUUGCUAAAUUAAUUCAAGUUGCUAAUUCAGAGUUGGAAACUUCUCAAACUAUCAAGCCUGAUUUGGAAGAAACUUAUCCAGAAGGUUGCGAGCUGGUUUAUUCGGAGCAUUCCGGUCGUUUCUGGAAGCCUGCAGUAGAAGUUGGCGAUCAAGUGAAAACAGGCCAAAGCUUGAUCGUUGUUGAAGCAAUGAAAACUGAAAUGACAGUAGCAGCUCCUCGUGGUGGUAAAGUUCUGAAAAUAAUCCAUAAGAAUGGUGAUAUAGUUGAUGCAGGCGACCUCGUUGUAGUUCUGCAAUAA